AUGACGAAUCCAGAACUCCGCCAUCAGGUCAUUAAUAUCUACAAAGAGCUGCUUUUUCUCGGUCGCAAUUAUCCCCUGGGAUAUGAUUACUUUCGGAACAGGCUACACAAGGCAUUUACCAGCCAGGCACAUCUGGACAAUGAAGAGCAAAUCCGGAAGGGUAUAGCACGAGCGGAAUUUGUCAAAAAGGGUGCGUUAUCCUGCCUCACCCUCUCACGAGUUUGUCAUGACUGCGGCAACACAGUGGCUGACUCCUAUCACGCACCGUCUAGAAAUUGA